UGCACGUUUUAGUCAGUAGCACAUGAGCGCUCGUGGAGUAUCCGAGAUAUUUCGUUACCCAAACGGGCGAGGAUGUCAAUUCGUGAUCGACGAGCGACUGUGAGAGGAUCGUCUAACGUCUAAGUCUAAACGCGCGUGCACGUCAUCGAUAUCCGGUAUCGAGGAACGAGCCGGGAAAAAGAGUAUACGCUUGAUGUGAGCGAUAGAAGAAUACGAUUGACACGCACCGCAAUCACGUCAUUGCUCUGCGAGCACGUGGAUGCGGAAUACGUGCCGUCGCGUCUCCCGUUUUCGGACAAGAUCCGCAAGCGAAGAGGCGUUCUACGCAGUGAUCGGAGCAAUAGCUACGCGCUGAAUCGCGCACUGUUCAUCAUCCACAGUCGAGUCGCGUUCACGAGAGAAGCAUCGUGUACUGCCCUUCCUUGUAAUUUUCGCCUGACAGUCGAUAUAUAAGCAAAGUAACUGUUUAGAUACGGAUCUAAAGUUUUAUCUGGAAAAACGAGCACCCGUUUUCGAGUUGUGUUAAAAUAUUUCUCGCCGCAGCGAGAUAUCGGAUUUAUUCCGACGUACGAAAGUACGUCGAUAAAGGAAAUCCGCCUGCGACGCAGUGUGAUCGACAAGCGAUCGAGGAUAAACAAGAGUAGUCUUCACGUUCGCUGGCGAAGCGUGCGGAUUGUGAUGCGAGUCGUCGAUUUCAUCAGAUUUGUAAUUUAAUUGAAGUGAAGUGCACGUGCCCGAAAAUGGUGCCAACACAGCAGGAUAGUCCCUCAAAUUCGGGGAUACCCAUCGUAUUUGGAUCUUUACUGGUUGAUCAAAACUCGCCGACGCCUUAUUCAGAUGCGACUCAGACUAAGAAAAACAAUCCGAACCGGAUCAAAAGGCCUAUGAACGCAUUCAUGGUCUGGUCACAAAUGGAACGCAGAAAAAUCUGCGAGGUACAGCCGGAUAUGCAUAAUGCCGAGAUCAGCAAGAAAUUAGGGAAGAAAUGGAAGCUGUUAUCGGAGGAGGCUAGGCAGCCAUUCAGAGACGAGGCCGAGCGGUUGAGGCAGCUUCAUCAAAAACAAUAUCCAAACUACAAGUACCGACCUAGGAAGAAGACCUCGAAACCCGCGGAAGUCUCCAAGACAAAGGAGAGAAAGAGACCGCGGAAAUCAACGUCAUUAUCAACGUCAUUAUCAACGUCAUUGCCGCUAUCGUCGCCAUCGCCAUCGGCAUCGUCCUCGCCAUCACCAUCUCCGUCACCAUCAUCAUCGUCGUCAUUAUCAACGCCAUCGAACAGCCCGAUGGUGCAUACUUCAUACGUGGCCACCUCUCCAAUGUCGCCGCCAUCAGCGGCACCUGCCGCUAGUCACGCUACCAGAACGAGGAACGAUAACAAUAACAAUAAUACCCAGCAGCAGACCUUGAAGAAGCCGAUGAAGAGGCUGCAGACUUUGCCGAGCGGCAAACCAGUAUCCAGGUUGAACUCUAAGCAAGUCCGAUUGACCUUGGAGACUCUGGAGACACCGCGUAAUACAUUGCACUCUGAUGUGGAUUACACUUCGGCGCCACCCAUAGUGACCGCUAAAGUGCCCACCAGCCCGACCUGCGAUACCCCGGAUUCACCCGAAUCCGCCACUUUCUACGACGAUAACUACUCCUCAGAGUCUGCUCCCACGGUCCAAGCACUCUACAAUGUCAUUCCUGUCAAGAUCAAGCAGGAACCUAAAGUGGAAAUUGAUAACACAAACGAUUUCGCCAGCAAGAAUGUUUUGCCGGACAUAACAUCGGUGAUGCGAACGAACAAUCGCGGAUAUUGCCGCGCGAACUCGACUUGUAGCAUUCGGCAGUCGGCGACGAAUUUCCACAUCAAGGAAGAGAAGCUGAAGGAGACGAUUUUCGGUAUGAAGCGGGAAACGAGUCCGUUCAGGACGUGGUCGCAAUCUAUGCUAAUGGACGCGGCCGUUCCGUCCAACGCGGCGUUACUUACGUCGCAAUCGCCCGUCAUGUCGUCCAUCCCUACGACUACGACGACUGGCACUACGGGAGCCCUUCUUGCCGAUGACUCUUUGCUCACCGACGAUUUUAGCAACAUUGGUUGCCCGGUCAAACUCGAAGAAUUGAUAAACAACGCCGAACUGUCCGACGACCUGUCCGAACUGGCUGAUUUGACGACGAGCAUGGAGGAGAUGGAGGACAUGAAGGACGUAGAUUUCACGUCUAGCACAUCUGACAUCAUGGCCAUACUUCUCAAUCAUAGUGACGAUUGGACCUCGCCAAGCUUUUGAAAAAUCAAAAGAAAGAGAAAAGAGUAACAGAUAAGGAAUGGACGUCGUUAUUCAUCUUCGGUUUGUAUGCAAUGCUUUUUUCACGGAGGAUAAUUGUUAAUGUAUUUGUCAACCGCGCGGGUUCCUGUCCUCAAGAUGGACGCGAGUCUUCUCCGUGAAGAGGAAGAGAAGUUUUCGCGAUGCUCCGCGAGCAUCUCGCGUACCAAUCGAUUCGAAGUUCUCGGCUGAACGUGUUGGCGAGGACACGAUAACGCGCGUUAUCGCGAUUAUUGCAUUCGUCGAGCUUUUUUUCUUCUACGCAAAUCACACAUGCUCGAUUUUCGAUCGAAUGUAACGUCAUUCGCCAUCGCGUGUCUUCGUCUUUUGUACUUUGCGCUCGAGAAGAUAUUGCUCUUCGAAAAUGUACGCCUCCACAAUUUUUUUCUCGAAUUGACGCGCCUCGUGGUUUUCGUGUCGCUUUUGUAUUUAAUGCAGGUGAGUGUUUGCGAGACCGAUCAUUAUAUUGAGUCGGGAUGUCUCUUCGAGGAGAAAGAGAUAUGAUCGUUUGGGUUACGGUUAACUUCGACCGUAUAAUCUUUUCGGAUAGCGAGAUAUUCGUAGAAUGAUAAUUAGCAUGUAUAAGCCAUUAAGAUAAAUUCAAAAGAUAGGCCAUUACAUGGCCUCGUUUCAUCAUUCUUUACUUUCUUGGAAAAAUUUCUGGAAAAUAUUUAGGAUUCUCUUCAUUAUCUCGCUAUGUAUAGGACCGGAAGAGAGAUAGUCAACGCGCAUAUUUCAAUUUAAUAGAUAUCUUUGUUUUGCGAACACUCUUUCAACGCCAUGAUUGCAACAUCUCAGAGAUUUGAUGCUUGUCAGUGCUGAACUUUUUUUACGAACUAGUCCGCCAAUAUUAAAUUUUUAGAUAUUUAAAGCUGGUAUUAGAUGUUUGCAUUGGCUCUUUUCGUAUUUUCAAUAUCAGUACAGCGCAAGAUUGGCAAAGUUUUUACUUGGCAAAGAAUCGAUUAUUGGUCGUUGAAAAAAAAGGAAAAAAAAAAAAAACAAAAACGAACGACAGCCACGAUGAGUGAUAUUUUCGAGAUCCAGAUGUUUUUUUUUUGUA